AUGAGUCUGUACAACGAUGCAUCCAAUGGGUCCCUCACCCGGCAGAAGAUUGAGGAGUACUUGGCCAAGGGGACCAACAUCAACAAUACCACGGGCAACGGGGAGACGGCCCUGGCCUUGGCCAUCAAAGGCGGGCACACCAGCGCCGUCAGCCUGCUGCUCAAGUUCGGCGCCAAUCCGGCCAAACGCAAUAUUGACGGCCGGUCGCCCUUGUAUCUGGUGGCCGCGGCGCCGAAGCAGAAACGGGUGCGGCUGGUCCAGCUGCUGAUCGAUGCGGGUGCUCUGGUCGAUGAGUCGGUGCCGAACUUCGGCGACGACACGCCGCUCAUGGUGGCCAUCUCGCAGGCCAAGGAUCCCAAGCUGAUCCACGCGCUGGUGGAGGCCGGGGCCUCCCUGACCCAGACCAAUGCGCGCGGGGAGUCCGCCAAAACCCUGGCGCGCGACUCGAUGGACCCCGCCAUCCAGCGAGCGCUCGUGCCCCAGGGAGACCCGACCAGGACGUACAGGCCCGAGCUGGGCAAUCUCCUCACCAGUGCGGGCGUGUUUGCCGCCGCUUACUUCGGCGACUGGAAGGAUGUAGCCAAAGAUGCGGUGGACCGGAUUGCUCAGUAUCUGAACAAGGAUACCGAACUUAAUGAUGGAACUCAUGAUCUGCACACGGUGGAAGACUUCAAGAACUUUCUGUUGGAUUACAUUGACCGCCAAGGCUUGGAGGACUUCUACCCGUCCAAUGACCCUCGCAUCCAAGCCAUUGCGGAGGCCACGGUGGCGUUUCGAAAGAAGCCCGAGGCGAAAGCGCUCUCAAUCCCGCCGACGGGGCUAUCUAUCCAGACCAAGAGUCUCUUUGUACAAACCAGUGGCUUAGGAGUGCAGACCACAGCUCCGACCAUACAGAACCUGCUGACCUUGGCCGUGGCGCAGCUGUACACACCCGUCCUAUACAUCGACGAUAGUGGAUCGAUGAACUGGGCGCUAGGAGGGGAAAACGCGACUGGCACAAAGCGGAUCGAGGCGGCCAGAGUUCUUGUCUCGGAGCUGAUGGAUAUCCUCGACUGGGUGAAUCCUGAGGCCCAAGCUGGGCGUGGAACCACGAGUAUCCGCUUCAUUAACAAGACUGUCAGCAAUGCGGACAAUCUGACCUCGACUCAGGUCAAGGAGCAGAUGAACCAGCUGAAUCCGAGUGGAGGCACGCCUCUGGGGACCAAUCUCCGGACCAAGAUUCUGAACCCUUUGGUCUACGACGUGAUCAACGGCAAGAAAGACCUCAAUGCCCCAUAUUUGAUCCUAACCAUUGGAGACGGAGCCCCCAACUCCGGCGAUACCAACGACACCUUCCGCAACGAGGUUGCCAGCGCCGCAAAUUUUCUGCAAGCGAACAAAUACUCGCCUCCGGCGGUCAAGUUUACCUUCAGCCAGAUUGGCAGUGAUGCGGCGGCGGAGGCAUUCCGGAAUGGGCUGGUCAACAACCCUCUGCCGAAUAACACCCUCUACGUUUCGUCAGACCGUUUCGACCAAGAUUACGACGCGAACAAAGGCAAUCCCGACAGACUCAAAGCGAAUCUGAUCAACUGGUUCUCCGGUCUUGUCGACCUCAAAUGAGGAGAGCCUGAUAGGCACGCCUCGCUGUAGCCUGUAGGCCAGAGGCGAGGCCAUAUGCCGGGCCCCGCCUGCAAUUGUAGCCCGAGCUGUG